GUCCAGGCUGGGCUCGCAGGCACAACCUGACUAGUCCUGGGUUUCCCUCAGGCCCCGCCCCUCCGGCGUGCGCGCCCCCGCGGCCUCGGCGCGUUCGCGGCACGCGCGCCAUCUUGGUCAUUCUGAAGGUCCAGCGAGAGCUCACGGUGGCGUGGGCACCAGAGAGAUUCACGGAGGCCACAGCAAGCAGGAUGGAGCACUACCGGAAAGCUGGCUCAGUAGAGCUCCCAGCACCUUCCCCAAUGCCCCAGCUACCUCCGGACACCCUGGAGAUGCGAGUCCGAGAUGGCAGCAAAAUUCGAAACCUUCUGGGGCUGGCACUGGGUCGGUUGGAGGGCGGCAGCGCAAGGCAUGUGGUGUUCUCAGGUUCUGGCCGGGCUGCAGGGAAGGCUGUCAGCUGCGCUGAGAUUGUCAAACGGCGAGUCCCAGGCCUGCAUCAGCUCACCAAACUGCGUUUCCUGCAGACAGAGGACAGCUGGGUCCCAACCUCACCUGAUACAGGUCUAGACCCCCUCACAGUGCGCCGCCAUGUGCCUGCAGUGUGGGUAUUGCUCAGUCGAGACCCCCUGGACCCCAGUGAGUGUGGCUACCAGCCCCCAGGAGCACCCCCUGGUCUGGGCUCCAUGCCUAGCUCCAGCUAUGGCCCCCGGCCCCGGAGAAGAGCCCGAGAGACACGAUCCUGAAGAUCUGCUGGGCCUGAUUGUUCUCUAGACCUGACUAUCUGGGAUGGCUGUGCCUUCUCUGAAGAGCACUUGUGACUGCUCAACAUCCUCAACAAGGCUUGGAUCCACAGAAUUCCUGCCUCCCCUUUCUCUGGAAUGUGGGGAGGGUCUGCUAUGAAGAAUGACAGGUGUGGGGUUUCUGCUGAGUUCUGGAUUGCUUGAGAAGGGUCUACUCUGCUUCUACCUACAGUACAUGUGAUCUGCCUUCUGACAGGUCCAGAA